AUGGCGGCUCCUCGCACUUUCUUCAUCUCCCUCUCCACCUUCUUUCUGCUUUUAUAUGUUCCUGGUGGAUCUACGACCUCAGGAACCAGGAACCCGAACCAGGAGAAAUGUGGCUUCAAGGUGCAGUCGGGAGCAGAUGGAAGUCGCAGGUUGGCCGUCACCUUCAGAGCUGAGAACUGUUCAAUAAACUACCCGCUGGGGAAACAUGUCAUCCACGAGGUCGCCAACGUCUCCUUCAGCCACCUGUCCUGUGAAGACCAGGCCGCUGUGGUGGUCCACUGGUCCCCAAGUCCACUAGGGAUCGAACACAUUAAAGGCUUCAGAGUUUAUCUGGAGGACAAGAAUCCAGAAGGGAAACAGUGUCAACAUCUCAUCCUCAAAGAUCCACGACAACUCAACUUCUCUCACAAGAGCACGAAGCUGAGCAGUCAGCCGUUCAGCGGUUUGACUUUCGACACCGACUACAUGGUUCGUGUUGUUCCUUUCCCGACUCUGAUGAACGAGAGCUUCUUCCCUCCAUCCUUCCUCAGGACCAACUCGUGUGAAGUCCUCCUGGGAUCAGACAACUUAGUUUGCAAACCAUUCUGGAAGCCGAAGACCCUGAACGUGUCCCAGCUGGGCGCCAACCUGCACGUGGCGUUCGACCAGGCUCCGCCCUCCUUCGGCUUCCACUUCUACAACCUGUACUACAAGCUGAGGCACGACGGGCCUUUCAAACUGCAGCGCUGCAAACCAGACGUGAACCAGCUCAGAACUACAUGCAUCCUCCAGAACGUCACUCCAGGAACCUACACUGUAGAGCUGAGAGACGACGGGAACACGACCAGGAGACAGACGCAGUACUACGUCAGCCAGGUCCACUCCGCCUGGGCGGGGCCUAUCCGUGCCAUGGCCAUCACGGUGCCUCUGGUCCUAAUGUCCGCCUUCGCCACUCUCUUCACUGUCAUGUGUCGCAAGAAACAGCAGGAAAACAUCUACAGCCAGCUGGACGAGGAGAGCAGCGAGUCCUCCAAUCAGAGCGCAGCGUUGAACCCGGAGCGGCCGUGGCCUCGACCCAAAGUCUUCAUCUGCUACUCCAACAGAGACUGUCCCAAGCACACCAGCGUCAUCCAGAGCUUCGCCUACUUCCUGCAGGACUUCUGCAACUGUGAGGUUGUGUUGGACCUGUGGGAACAUCUGGAGAUGUGUAAGGAGGGUCAGAUGUCGUGGCUCAGCCGCCAGCUGGACGACGCCAACUACAUCAUCACCGUCUGCUCCAAAGGACUCCGCUACUAUGUGGAGAAGAAGAGUCGCCGAGGGAAGACGCCAGUCAGUCGCCGUAGCAACAGUAGCAGCAGCGCCCCGAUCUGUGGAUCUGGCAGUGACCUGUUCACGGUGGGCGUGGCCAUGGUCGCUGAGAAGCUGCGCAUGGCGAAGCAGAGUGAAGGCGGGGGGGCUCAGGAGCUGAACCGCUACAUGGCGGUCUACUUCGACUACUCCACGGAAAACGACAUCCCCACCAUGUUGAGUUUGGCUCCCAGAUUCAAGCUGAUGGACCAGCUGCCUCAGCUCUUCAGCCGCCUCCACUCCAGUCAGUCCAGCCUGAGCGACCGCGAGCAGCAGCCGCUCAACGUCUCCAGGAGGAACUACUUCAGGAGCAAGUCCGGCCGCUCGCUCUACGUCUCCAUCUGCAACAUGCACCAGCACAUCAGCCAGAACCCCGACUGGUUCGAGAAGCAGCUGGCUCCAGCCGUCGCCUCCUCGGCCUCCUCCAAACAUUCUCCUCUCCCCACCGUCCCGGGGUCCAGUCCUCCGGAGACUCCCUGCGCCUCCUCCUCCUCCUCGCCGCCGCCCGAGCGGAGGUUUGACUCCGGUUUGGUUCUGAAUGAGGUGGCGGUGAGGACGCCGCCGCUGGAGGGCAGGAACGGAGUCCCGAAAAGGAACAUGCUCCUGCUGGCUCCUGGCUCCAGUCCCAGUCUCAACCUCAGCUCCAAUCCCAGUCCUAGUCCUGGUCUUUGCCCCAGUCCUGGAGUCUGUCCCAGUCCAGGUCUGCCACACUGCUCUGGUUCCCUGCGUGGACCCACUUCAAGGUCCAGCUCUGGAGUGUCUGGACUUUCCCCUGAAGAAUCCUCCUCCACCUCCUCCUCUGCUCCAUCCAUCCUGCAGGAGGGGCUGUUUCCUGGCUCCACCCAGGAAGAAGAAGGCCACCCCAGCCCUCCGGAGCUCCCCCCUCCUCGGGAUUCCGGCAUCUACGACUCGUCGGUCCCUUCGUCGGAGCUGUCCAUUCCCCUGAUGGAGGGACUGUCACAUGACCAGGCCGACUCCUCCUCCGUAGCCGACAGUGAAUCCUCCUCUUCGGGCCUGGGGGACGAGGAGCCGUCUGUCCUCACGUCGCUCCACUGCAGCUCGGCCACAGUGUGUAAAGCGGAGCUGCACCACCACCACCACCUGGAGCACAGUGAGGGACUCGCUCCGGUGCACCACCACCACCACCACCUGGAGCACAGUGAGGGACUCGCUCCUGUGGCCUCACUGUAG